CGGACAUUCUUUCAAGUGUGACACUGGAUCUAGAUUACUUUCCGUAUGACCUGCGUUACAUCACCUCCUGCGUCAAUGUCGGCCUCACUUGCAGCGACAGUGGCUACGUCACUCAAAUUGAUUGGCAGUACAAGGCAAUCCAAGGAGAGCUGCCUUUAGAUAUUUUCCAGCUGGAGCACCUUGAAUCCCUGUCAUUGGGAGACAACUACCUGCGUGGCUCCAUCCCUUCUGAAAUCGGCAACCUCGUCAAUCUCACAAAACUGGACCUCUCCAACAACUCCUUUUCAGGCCCCUUCCCCACCUUCCUCAGCAGACUCACCAAGCUCUCCAACCUGUAUAUGGGGAGGAACAAGUUUUCGGGCAGCCUUCCUGCUGUCAUCGGCAACAUGGUCUCUUUCUACAACAUGGACCUGAGCAACAAUGCCUUUACAGGAUCACUCCUCAGCGUCAUGGGGCGCCUUACCAACCUCUACAACUUCUGGAAAGCAACUUGUUUUCGGGGUCGCUGGCGCCCCUCGCUGCUCUCUCCUCCCUCACCGGCGUGUGAGCACUUCUCUCCUCCCUCAGCGGCGUGUGAGCACUUCUCUCCUCCCUCAGCGGCGUGUGAGCACUUCUCUCCUCCCUCAGCGGCGUGUGAGCACUUCUCUCCUCCCUCAGCGGCGUGUGAGCACUUCUCUCCUCCCUCAGCGGCGUGUGAGCACUUCUCUCCUCCCUCAGCGGCGUGUGAGCACUUCUCUCCUCCCUCAGCGGCGUGUGAGCACUUCUCUCCUCCCUCAGCGGCGUGUGAGCACUUCUCUCCUCCCUCAGCGGCGUGUGAGCACUUCUCUCCUCCCUCAACGCAAUGUCAGCACCUCUCUCGCCCUCCAUGCCUUGUCAGCACUUCUCUCCGCCUCUGUGCCCUUGACGUGUCAGUCAACGACCUCACAGGGCCCCUGCCAUCCGGUCUCAGGUUCACCGAUGCUUUUGGCGGCCCAACUUUCAAUGCGUCAUUCAACCGCCUCUCGGGGGAAAUCCCCUUCAACUUCAACGUCAACUUCUUCUUCACUCUUUGCGUCGCCCCUCCCCCUCCUUCACCCUCGACAUCUCUCACAACGAUUUAUCAGGCAGAGCGUUCUUUUCGGGGCAAAAGGAGAGCCCUCAUACUUUCACCAUCAAUUACUCGCACAACAGAUUCUCGGGAGCGCUCGACCCCUCCCUCUCCACCCUCACCUAUCUCCACGAGCUGGACAUGUCGGGCAACCUUCUCACAGGGUCCAUUCCAACCUUCGUUUCUCGCCUCACCGCGCUCACUCUGCUGGCUCCAUUCCCCGGGCUCUUUCCCGCCUCGCCUCCCUCACCUACCUCAACGUGUCAAUCAGCUGUCAGGAGACAUCACACCGGCACUCUCUCCUCUGCACUCCCUCGAGCUUGUCAACGUGUCUCGCAACCGCCUCUCAGGCCCUCUGCCCAACGCUGCUGCCAGCCCAGCUCUCAUCAUGUUACCCAGCUUCUCUGCCUGUGCUGUCUUUGAGUCGUGCUCUUCUUGCUUGGCCUGCGUCCCCUGCCCCGCCAUCGCGCAUGCCUCCUCCUGCUUCUCGCCCACCCGCCCCUCAUUCCUCCCCCCUGCCUCUCGUCCAUCCCCCAUGCGCCCUCUUGCUUUCCUGCCCGCCCAGCCUUCCCCUCCUGCUUCCCGUCCGCCCAUCCCUGCUCCCAUCCGCGCCCCCCCCCCCUGCUUCCCGUCCCCCCCCCCCCCUGCUUCCCAUCCGCCCCCCCCCCUGCUUCCCGUCCGCCGCCCCCCCCUGCUUCCCGUCCGCCCCCCCCCCCUGCUUCCCGUCCGCCCCCCCCCCCUGCUUCCCAUCCGCGCCCCCCCCCCCCUGCUUCCCGUCCGCCCAUGCCUGCAGGGCGGUGCACCACAACCAGCUCUCUGGCCACAUCCCCGAGUACCUCUGCCAAUCCGUGCUGCAGAUCAUGAUGCAACGAACCCUCAGUGCGUGUGUGUGGCGCAAGGGGGGCAGCAGGGGGGAACUGGAGCAGGAGGGGAGGGCGGGGGCAAUAGCAGCAGCUCAGUGGCAUGGCUGGCUGUGGAGGGCAACUGUGUGGGGAGUGAGGUUGUGGGGCAGCAGCGGGGGGCGACAGAGUGUGCGGCGGUGUGUGGGAUAGAGUCAGGGCAGGGUCCGUGUGGGGGUGUGGGUGCGGGGCAGUGUGUGGUGCAGAGCGGUUGGCCGCCGUCCCUCUCCUGCUCCUGCGCCAGUGGUUACGUUGCUGUCACUGCUGCCGGCACUGCCAACACCACCACGUGCCAACUGCCAUCCCCUUCCGGUAUGUUGAAUCAGUGGCUUGAGCUGCUGCGCCUUCCAGUGUCUACCCAACCCGCUUUGCUGCCUUCUUUGCUGCCUUCUCCACCAUCUCCCACUCCCACUCCAUCUCCCUCUCUCUCUACUUCUCAACGACAUUACCCCGCCUUGUCUCACCCUACUUCCCUUCUCCCUCGAUCUCACACCAUCCCCCCCUUCUCUCCCCCUCUUUCCCCCCCUUUCUCCCCUCUUUCCCCCCUCUUCCCCCCCUUUCCCCCCCACUUACCCCCACUUCCCCUUCUCCCCCCCCUUUCCCCCCUCUUACUCCACUUCCCCCCCUCCUACUCCACUUCCCCCCCUCUUACUCCACUUCCCCCCCUCUUACCCCACUUCCCCUCCUCUCCCCCCCUUCCCCACGUCUUCCCCCCGCUUCCCCUCUUCCCCCCACCUUUCCCCCCCAUUCCCCCCCUUUUCACUUCCCCCUCUCAUCCCCCCCUUCCACCCCCCAUCCCCCCAUUCCCCCCCUCUUUCCCCCUUUACCCCCUCUUCCUCCCCCUUUCCCCCCCUCUUCCCCCCCUUCCCCCCUUCUUCCCCCCCCACUUCCCCCCCUCUUCCCCCCCACUCCCCCUUAUUUUCCCCCCGUUCCCCCCCCCCGCCUUCCCCUCCUCUUCCCCCCCUCUUACCCCCCCUUCCCUCCCCUUCCCACCCACUUCCCCCCCCUCCCUCCCCCCCUUCCCCCCACAAUCCCCCUCUUUCCCCCCCUUCCCCCCCCCUUCCCCCCGCCUUCCCCCCUCAACUCAACCCCCCCCUUCCCCCGCUCGUCCCUCCCCCCCUUCGCCCCCUCCUCCCGCGCUAACCAUCGCCCCGUUUCCCUUGACCCCCCAUGCCUUGGCAGUGGCCUCUCUGUCCACGGGUGCCAUAGUGGGCAUCGUUCUGGGCUGCUUUGCUGGCUUCACGCUGCUGGCAGCUAUGAUCGCAUGGUUGCUGUGGCCCCGCGGACCAAGUGAGCCCCUCCACUCCACCCUUCUUCAUCUCCUUUCCGUCUCCCCUGAUGCUGUACCUGCUUCCUGGCCUCAUUCUCUGCUCAAUUUCCCUGCCGUUUUUCCUGCUUUACAACUCUGCCUUUCCACUACCCUCGUGCUCUCUCCACUCAUCCACACACUUGGUCACUCGUUCUUCUUGGUCGCUCGCUCCCCUUGUCCUGCUGUGAGCACAGAGAAGUGGGAGGGGUUGGACGUGUGUGAGCAGUUCUCGCUGCAGCAGAUGCUCAAGGCCACUAACAACUGGUCGGAAGACAAUGCAAUGAAGAUGGUGGAGGCAUAUGAGCUAGAGGAGCUGAGGGACAGCAACAUGCCAGUGGUCACUGAGGAGGCCAUAGUGGACUUUGCAGACCUGGCUCUGGACUGCAUCAAGUCUCCCGGCACACGGCGACCCACCAUGAAGGAUGUGGCAUACCGCCUCAGUGCCCUUAUUGCCAAGCACUGCCCCGACAAGGAGGACGAGUGGGAAAGUGUUUCGAGAAAAGAGAGCGCAAGCAACGAGUGUGUGUCUUCAAGGGAUGUUUCUACUGUGUCGUUUGGAGAUGGUGGGAGGGAGCUGGAGGGGUCUGAUGGCUCACAGUCUGGUGUGACCUCAUUCAUGCUUGGCUCGAUGGGUGAUGGCCUCUUGAGUUGGCUGCAAUCGGACUCAACCAAAGGGCGCUGA